CAGCAGGUUGGUUGGAGUUUGAUGGUGCUGCUUACAGCCUGGAGAGAUAAGUGAUCAGGGAUCCUUCUUCCUGAGCAUCAGUCAGGGAGGCUCUCUCUGGGCUUUUCUUUCCUCUCUCUGUGGUCCCUCUGGAUCUCCUCUCUACAUUUCUCUCCUCUGCUUCUUUUCCCCUCUCGCUGCCUAUUUUAAAUCCCUCAACCAUGCCUCCGACCCUGGCCACCGCGUUCGCCAGGCGCUGGUGGAUGGCGGUGACUUCUAUCAUUGAGAAUUUGCUCUUCUCCGCCGUGCUGCUUGGAUGGGGAUCGCUCCUCAUCAUGCUCAAGUCAGAAGGCUUCUACUCUUACCUUUGCAACGAAGAGGGCAACCGUUCCAGCUACAAUCUGUCCCAACCCCUAGCAACGUCCACACCCGAUGACUAUGCUGAUUACUAUGAAAGCGAGAGUGGCGUGGUUGGUCUGGGAGACGGAGUGGAGAUGAGGCCCCUGGUCCCUAUGGAUGGGCCCCUGAGGAUGAACGGCUGGCUGAUUUGUAAAGAACAGGAUGAGAUGCUGAACCUGGCGUUUACGGUGGGCUCCUUCCUGCUCUCGGCCAUCACGCUGCCUUUGGGGAUCGUCAUGGACAAAUAUGGGCCUCGCAAACUUCGACUGCUGGGCAGCACGUGUUUCUGCCUGUCCUGUCUACUCAUUGCUUAUGGAGCCCACAAUCCAAAUGAACUCUCUGUCCUUAUCUUCAUUGCCUUGACUUUCAACGGAUUUGGGGGCAUGUGCAUGACCUUCACCUCUCUCACACUCCCUAGCAUGUUUGGAGACCUCCGUUCCACCUUCAUCGCCCUGAUGAUUGGCUCCUAUGCCUCCUCCGCUGUCACCUUCCCUGGUGUCAAGGUGAUCUACGACCUUGGUAUAUCAUUCAUUACCAUCCUGGUGGUGUGGGCUGCCUGUGCUGGACUGGUGUUCUUGAAUUGCUUCUUCAACUGGCCACUGGAGCCGUUCCCAGGACCAGAAGACAUGGACUACACUGUGAAGAUCAAGUUCAGCUGGCUGGGCUUCGACCAUAAAAUCACAGGGAAGCAGUUCUAUCGUCAAGUGACCACAGUGGGACGUCGCCUAAGUGUGGGCAACAGCCUGAAGCAGAAGGAGCUGGCGACUAAGGACGGACACAAGCUCUGCCUCUCCACUAUGGACCUGGAAGUGGAGUGCAAGACAAAAGAAGAGUCCCAGUCUUUCUUGAAAACCAUCAUCAGCCCGAUCUUCAUGCUCAGUCUGGUGACCAUGUCUGUAACUCAGCUCCGUCUCUUGUUCUACAUGGGAGCCAUGAACAGCGUGCUGGAGGCGCUCAGUGAUGGAGACCUCAACACAGUGGAAAGAAUGGAAGUCGUGGGUCUGUACUCCUCCAUCUUCGGUAUAAUGCAGCUGCUUUGCUUGAUGACCACUCCUGUGAUUGGUCAGAUCAUGGACUGGAAGCUGAAGGAGUGUGAUGAGGGAGAGGAAGAAAAGGAGCCCUGCAGCAAGGGGGAGACAAAGAUUAAGCGCAGAGACAAAAAAACACAGAAGGUGACCAAUGCCUUGCGAGCAUUCCUCCUCACAAACAUCCUUUUAGUGGGAUUUGGGAUCACUUGUCUGGUGCCCAAUCUCCCCCUGCAGAUUGUGUCAUUUGUCUUACACACUGUGGUUAGAGGAUUUAUUCACUCAGCGGUUGGCGGCCUCUAUGCUGCUGUGUAUCCCUCCUCACAGUUUGGCAGUCUAACGGGCAUGCAGUCCCUGGUCAGUGCUGUGUUUGCUCUACUGCAGCAACCCCUGUUUCUGGCUAUGAUGGGACCCUUGCAGGGAGACCCAUUCUGGGUCAAUAUUGGACUCUUUGGUCUCAGUAUGCUGGGAUUUUUGCUGCCUCUCUACCUGAUCUGCUACAGACGGACGCUCAACAGACAGCAACAGCAAAGGGAGGACAACGCUAAGAUCUACAUCAAAAUCAACGGCUCUGACAUCCCUGAGGCCUACGUCUAGAGAAAAGUCAAUGCAGAGAAAUGGAUAACACAGGAUGAAGAAAGAUCAUUUACUUGGAAAAUUUGCAAUCCAAUAAUACAUGCAUACAUACGCAUGUAGGACAACUGAAAUCUUAUCAAUUUAGAAUAUAACAUUUAAAACCUACGGUGUAGCUAUAGAUCCCCAUUGAGUACACACACAAACGGACUGCAGUGUAAUUAUUUCCGUAUCUGAACCAAGAUAAACUGAUGCUGCCGUGGUCACAGAAACGAGUCAGCUGGACCGUCGCUAAGGACGAAAGUGAAAUGUGGAGGGAAAAAGAAAAAACAAGAGGAAAGACUGUGAAAGGAAAGAGGCAUGAGCACUCUGCAAUCCCCCCAAAUCCUCUGACUUCUCUUUUCAUUCCCUCCCCUCUGAGCAGCACAUCAGUGCAGCUUCGUUCCACAUAAGACUGCUUUAAUAUUCCCCAAAUGAACAGAAAAGGAGAGUUUGUUUAGCUCAUGAGCAUCCUCCCUGUGACAGCAGCAAGACUGCUUAACGUCACCCCUCAAAAAUGACCUCACCAUUAUUAGUGAAUUAUUCCAUUAUUAUGAGUCUUUUUGUCUAAUAUGUUGACUUUAUAUCAUUCUGAUUGUAAAUCCCAUAACAUGGUGCUAUAGGUCUAUUCAUCAGCUGGAUUUUUUUGAUAGAUGGUUUAAGGUAAGUGUGGACUACAUGGCAUUAAUGAGCGACAGGGAGGAGAAAAGAAACGUAUUGCUGAUGUUUUAAAGAGACUCAUUAUGAUUAACUAUGGGGCUGGAUUGUUUUCUUUUUUUUUACCAGGCUAACAUCUUAUUAUAGUCUAAAACGGCUGUAGCCUAGAAUAUACUGUAGUAUUGAUUAAUGUCGGUAUAUUUGGGGCUGUAUUAUGAAAGAGGGAUGUCAAACAAACUGCGAUAUGUUUUGGUAAAAGCAAAAUGUUCAUGUACGUUCAUGAGUACGAGUAUUUAUUUUAUUUCCUGCUUUCUUUAGUUUUUCUUUUUAUAUGGUAAGUUUACCAGGGUUGCCUUGUGAAUAUACUUUCAUGUAACAGAGAAGAUUUGAGUAUUACACAUAUCAGUGAAAACAGUCUCCCCAUCAUGUUCUCCAUUAAGCCUAUCCAUAAAAUCAUCAUCCUUCACCUACUGUUCAGCACUUUAUACCCUGUUAACUCCUUUCAAGUAAAUUCCACACACAUUUCACAGCUCAUUUCAGCACUUCUCUCCCGAUGCCUCUCGACAAAUGGUACCAUUUUUGGCUCCCCGUCUCUUCUUACGUGUAUUUAUUUCAUUUGACGCUCACUUUUCAUCACGUAUUUAAACCAUGCUGUGCUGACAACGCUUCAUAUGUCUGAUCGUAUACUGUUGUUUGCAUAGAGCUCUUUCUUCUACAGCUAAAGGUGAUGUAGAGAUGUUUUUGUUGUGCAGGCGUACCUUUUUGAAAAUGGAAGGAUUUGGGGGAGUUAAUAAAAAUGAGUUGAUGUCUUUAAGGGGUCAAUCUUGUUCAUAUUUUAUUUCACUGCUCA